UGUUAAUGUUUUCGCCCAAAACGGACGAUGAUUAAAUGUUAAUCGAUAUUAGAUGUUAAUGUUUUCGCCUAAAAUGUGGCAAUCCUUUUCGCCAGCCCUCAAGGAUCGAACUUUUCUAAUACUGCUUGUCAAGCCAGAUUGUACAGCACUGAAAACAGAGUUUUCCUUAUUAAUAGAUUGCCCAAGAAAAUUCACUUUCACUUGUCAAAUCAGAGAACCAGGAAGUUUCAUAUAUUGUGAAAAUGGAAAACCAAAACGAAGAGAUGCAACUUAAUCGCGAAACGAAUGUUUUGGAUCCCGAAGUGGCCCCAAUGUCUCCGGAGGUACCCUUUUCCCCAGAAAACUUCCAGAAAGAAGAGAUGAAACUGAAUCGCGAAAAGAAAGGUUUGGAUCCCGAAUUGGCCUCGAUGUCUCUAGACCAAUACUACGAGAAGUACGUCAAGAAGCCGGUCAGCAAGGGAAAGUCGUUCCCUCCUCCGCCGAACCCGUCGAUUUCGGAUGCGCAGCUCCGAUUCCAGCGGACGCACUACUUCGGCCCCGCCUACCGGCAGAACCUGGACAACCCUACUGUGACAGCUAUGCGUGCUCGGCUAGCAGAACUGAGAAAGGGUAUCGAGCAGGGCAAGGCCAUGAUGUUCCUAAUGAACACUGAGAAAGAGCUGACUCAACUGAUCACCUGGUGCCGGAAAUACAAAAAUGAACAAAAAAAUAAAGUAAAAAAAUAUAGAAUAUAAAGCUUAACUUGCACGUGUACUUCAUGCAUGUCGCAUAUAUUGAAACAUAUAUUGUUUUUUGCUCAUCUGCAUGGGUGUUGUAUAAAUAAUAAAUGUCCACGAAUCCUUUGGGUU